UCGAUAGGACUCGUAAUAUGGACACCGCCAGAACUCACCACCGUCGAUUGAAUCUAUCCUACUGCGUUUCAGGGAUUCUAACAUCUUGCUCAGAGCCACCAUUGGCAACUAUCCCACUUCGUUUACCUGAUUAUCCCGUCGAACGACCUCGCCAGUCCGCAUGUCCUCUCCCCAGGGAGGCGGUCCGUCGCCUCCUCCACAGAGUCUCUCCACGACGACCACAUCACGGUCCGCAUCCCACUCGCCACAUCCUGCUUCCUCGGCCUCACGAACUCAAUCUGCGGCCUCAUACUUCUCCUACCCCGUCACGCAUGUCGUUUCGGGUCUCUACCGUCGUCUGACGGACUCUCCAACCUCCACCCAGAAACCCCGCAAUGCCGCAGACAGCAUGACUUCACCGCUCAUGACCGACUUCACAACGGUCUUCAACCCCAAACGCUCCACGUCGCCCUUCCAACCCCCUCCGCUCACACCGCUCACACUCGCAGCGACUGGAAACACAGCACCUCUGCUCUCCCGUGCGCUGGCGGAGGAGAUCAGGUUGCUCGUACCGCCGCGUCUGCAGCUCGUCGACACAUGGCGGCUGGCGUAUAGUCUCGAGCGGGAUGGGUCAUCGCUGGCGACUCUCUACGAGCACUGCAGGCAGUACUCGCACCGUAGCCAACGCGCAGGAUAUGUCCUAGUCGUUCGCGACUCAUCCACCGGCGGAGCGGUGUUUGGUGCCUAUCUGACUGAUGCACCGCAUCCAGCACCACACUACUACGGCACCGGAGAAUGCUUCCUCUGGCGGGCCAGUGUGCUAGCGUCCACACCACUGGUGUCGUCUAAGCCUGGAGAUAACGGUCCCAUGACUGAAGAGAUGCUGGAAAGGGCCGGAUUGCCUCCGCCGCCCAGCGCGGAUACCACCAAUGCUAAUCGCAGCACGACGUUGCGAGGCACGAGCACAAACGGAGCUGGGAAGGCAGGAAAAUCGUCCAAGGACGACUCACUCCUCUCGCCCCCGGGAGACGGUUUAGGUAGCAGGCUUGGAACUGCCGCAUCAAUGCGCAGUGAUACCAGCACGUCGGAGCGGAUCCGCUUCAAGGCGUUCCCGUAUAGCGGAGAGAAUGACUACAUGAUAUUUUGCGAGACUGGAUUCCUGAGCGUUGGCGGAGGUGACGGUCACUUCGGCCUCUGGCUCGACGGCAGUGUCGAAAAGGGCGUCAGCGCCUCAUGCCAGACCUUCGGAAACGAGCCACUCUCAGACGAAGGGACCAAAUUUGACGUCCUCGGCGUCGAGGUGUGGUACGUUGGAGCAUGAUGAUGUCGAUGACUUCCACAAGGGAUUUGCAGAAGACCCCAAAUUAAUGGGAUCGAGCAUUCACAUUAAGUCCCCGCUGCGCGUCCGCUUCUGUAGAAUGCUUGGGCGCAUUAUUUUUUCUGUAUAGGAAUACCCUCUCCCUUGUUAUUCUUACCCCACGUCUUCACUCCUACUUUCAUAUUUCCUUAACACCUCCCCAACCUUCUCUCCCCCCUCUCGUUUGAGGGCUAAAAGGAGCUUUUACUACUUUAGCGUGACGGCUAAAAAAGUCUGCGAAGUACGUAGUAACUGAUGAAGAUUUAAGAACCUGGCGUUUCAUCAUCUUGGAAGAUGUUUUGGGCCUUUUUUUACAUACUCCUAGGAGGAACGAAGAUAAAUAGUUUAGGGGCUUUCUAUACAAAGUCUACGAAUCAAUGGGAAUAUUUCCUUGG